AUCAUCAAUGGUCUCUUUUCUUCAUCCUCUCUCUUCUGUGUCUCUGUCUUCUGAUUCCUUCUUCCGGGAUGGCUACAGACAGCAUUGGCCUCUAUGAUGCCCGGCCGGCUAGGCACUCCCAAUAGAGGUCUAGGUAGACGUACGUGUAAAUCUAGCCAAGGUAAUAGGGGGGGGGUUUCUGGGUCUGCAACAAUGAGCCUCAUACCUCAGACAGUCGAUAAGACUGGAACGCAGUCCCUAGAUCUCCCUGACAACGCGUCACCGUUGAAAGGGGGCGUCACGUCACGGGUCGUCCCUGAGGCCCCCGGGGCGCCGUCAUUCAACCCGGCCCGUUUCCGGUCCACCUGCGGCCCUACUUUUCAACAACACUCUCGAGACAACAGCUCAGGCUCGAUUUUUGCCGGUCUCUUUGCAGGCGGACAACCCCACGUCUCCCCCUUUGGGAAUGUAGGCAUGUCCUGGCACCCUCGUUGGCUUCCCGGCCUCUGGUGCAUGAGAAUCUCGAGGGCACCGGAUCUGAACCUGUCAACGAGUCCCCGUCGCUCUAAUUCCGAUCUGAACGAGUCGGCACAUCAAGGCCGAGAAAUAAAAAGAGACUAUUGUCGAGACGGGAAGACAGAUCCAAGACAAGUGGACAAGAUAUCCGACGCAUUUCCGCAAACAGACAUAUACCAGGGACAACAGGGCCCACCGAAAGCGUGGAAGGUCAAGAGGCGAGACGCAAAAUGUCUCACAUCCUCUUCUAUCGCCAGAGUAGCCAGGGGCAGCCAGUCACAGACGCCAAAAUACCACUUUCGCCUCUUCCAAAUCAGACGCUUUCCGAACCACCCAGAUCUCGUCGGGAUGGCACCGGUGGCAGCUGCGGUGAUCGUCGCCUCUCUCGGCCAAGCUCGAGGGAGGGUGGUCUACCCUUUCACGGAGCCGAAACAAGACGAGGACGACAUCGAUACGGGAGACCUCCCACAUCAGCUCGGACGGAAAUGGUAUCGCCUGAACGCCUCGACGCCUCAACGCCUCCACCCAGCGGAGUCGCCGGCCGGGUCGUUACGCUGUAGUUGGGUGGACGGUUGUGGAUCGCCCGUCGUCUACAUCCGAUCAUCUUCGCCUCAGCCCGUCGCAGUCAUCAGCAAAGCCCACCUCCUUCUCCCUCUUUUUUUGCCUCCCCUUCUUAUCUUUCUCAAGCCUGUCCUGGUUUUGGAGCUGAAUUGGCCAACCACAUGCUUCUGCGCCCCCCCUCCUAAGAGGCCCCUCCUUUACUCGGCAUGCAAGUACCGACGUCGUCCUGACCAGGGGCCAGCAAAGAGCGAUGCAGACCCUGACUGGUGA